GAACAGUAGUUAGCAUCUGAAAAGGUAAAGAGUAGUCGUCCCGGACAUGUCAGAGGCCUCAUGGUCAGUGAGAGAGUAUAAAAAGGACCUGCAAGGGUGUCAAGGGCUACGGUGCGCAAACAUCCACAGCCCUGCAACCAUGGGAAAGAUCAUCUUCUACGAAGGCCGCAACUUCCAGGGCCGCCACUGGGAGUGCAGCAGCGACUGCAUGGACACCUUCAGGCACUUUAACUGCUGCAACUCCAUCCGGGUCAGCGGCGGGCACUGGGUGGCCUACGAGAAGCCGUACUACAUGGGCUACCAGUACAUCCUGGGCCCCGGCGAGUACCCCGACUACCACUGCUGGAUGGGCUUCAACAACUGCGUCCGCUCCUGCCAGAUGUUCCCUCCAUACCGAGGAUCGUACAGGAUGAGGCUGUAUAACAGGCCCGACAUGCUGGGACACUCCAUGGAGUUCUCGGACGACUGCCCCAACGUGUACGAGCGCUUCCGCUACCGUGACAUUUACUCCUGCAACAUCAUGGAGGGUUUCUGGAUCUUCUACGAGCACCCCAACUACAGGGGACGCCAGUACUUCCUGCGACCCGGAGAGUACAGGGCCUGCGGCGACUGGGGCUGCCACAACCCCAUGGUGGGCUCAUUCAGGAGAAUGAGGACUCUUGUCUGAACUCCAACUUAAAUUAACAUUAAACGUUUGA